AGCAAGCAAACGUAAGCAAGGGAGACUCUCUAUAAGCACUUAGCAAUAUAUAUACCAGUGGGGCGUCUUUCUUCAAGUCGCCACCUUGAGUACUUUCUUUCUCAAAGCUAUUCUUACUACCCCAAUCCAGUUGUGCUAUUUUUGUACUUUUAUUAUGGCUAUUGACCUCGACAUUGACGUAGCCCCUGGCCUUCGAGGCAUGCCUGAUGGACUUCCUCUAAUAGUUCCAGUCGACCGCAAGCUUUUUCCCGAUGGACUACGAACAAGUGGACAACAUCCGCCGAUAGAAAGUCAACUUGCUUCUUUAGAGGAGUUUCCUCGCGAGAUCACAGGGCCAACUGUUUGGGAACCAGAGGAGAUGACUUCAAAUCCUGAGGCAUGGAUUCAUCAUUGGACAGAAGAACAACGGACCGAAUUGCUGCAAGCGACUGAAAGGUUUAUUGCUUCAGGAAUGCCCCUCACAAGAAUUAGCAAGGUAAACUUCGUCACCGAGUACGAAGUUUGUUGGUGGCGUACAGUAGCUGACCCUCUCGUAAGGCAAACUUUCGCUUACCGAAUAUGGGUCCAAUGCUGCAAAAGGUCAGACAUGAUAUUCUUAAUGGCCGUGGAUUUAUUGUAUUCCGUGGGCUUUCUAUCGAAGAAUGGGGCCGGUACAGAGCAGCUGUAGCGACUAUGGGUUUGAGUGUCCAUUUCGGCUACCUUUUAUCGCAAAAUAAGCUGGGCUUGAUUCUUGGACACGUAACCAAUCAGGGAGCCGACUACAACAACCGUCUCGAUACCAUUAAGAUCUCGGCUACUAAUGCACCGUGAGUACUCAGUCUUACUCACAUCGUCUCAGAUGACUUGCAGCUGAUCCACUUACUAAUCAUGUGUUUACAGGCAAUUCUAUCAUACUGACGAAACCGACAUCGUAGGGCUGCUUUUCCUUGCGCCGGGUGAAACGGGUGGUGCUUCUGGAUGCGCGUCAGCACACACCGUUUGGAACACCUUGGUGAGAGAACGGCCUGAUGUUGCGAAAACAUUGGCAUCUCCCAUCUGGCAUGUUGAUCGCAAGGGAGAGGUCACGCCUGGGCAGAGUCCUUGGUUCACCAAUCCGAUAUUCUUUGUGGAGCCGGGUGGGCAAGGGCGUGUAUAUUGCAAGUAUGUCAUUUUCACGCCCUUUGGAAAAACCAACACCUAUGGAAUCAAACCGAUUGGCUAAUCUCUUGGUAUUUUAGAUGGGACCCGUAUUUCGUCAAGUCACUCACUCGAUUUAGUGAUAAAGGGCUCAUACCACCACUGUCGGCUGCUCAGAUUGAGGCAAUGGAGGUUUUGGAAGCAACCUGCCAGAGACAUGGUCUAGUUUACGAUUGUGAGGUUGGAGAUAUCCAGUUUGUGUCCUGCUGCCAGACUUUUCAUUCGCGGACCGGCUUCACGGAUCCGCCCGCUCCAAAGCCAAAACGUUAUCUGCUGCGAACUUGGAUGGGGACUCCAGAGCAUGAAGGUGGAUGGUGUCUUCCUUUUCACGAUAGCUGUUAUCCUAAGCGAGGGGGGAUUCAAGUUGACAAUACCCCUCCAAGAGCUGAGCCUCUCAUAACAGCCGGUGGCACGGACUGAAAGGCAUUGGUGGGGUUUUACUGGUUAUAGAUUAUUGAAAGAAUAGAAUUAAAACUUUUAGCUCUAGAUGUGCAUGGAUUAUUG